AUGGAAGAUAACUUGAACUUCUCAACAAUUAGAUCAAUGAGAUCACAGGAACAUUAGAAUUCUUAAACUGAAAAAGAAUCUUGGAAAAAUCAAUAUGAGGAGGUUCAAAAACAAUUUCAAGAGCUUAAAUUUGAUAAAAGAGUGCUUGAAACUAGAUAUACUAAACUUGAAGAGAAAAGUUAGAAAUUAGAAACUUAGAUAAAGGACUAAAAUGAUGUGUCUAAAUUUGAAUAAUCAAUAAAAUAGAGGGAUGAUUAUAUAAAAGAACUCGAGAUAAUUUGCAAAGAAUUAAGGGCAGAAAAUACUGCAUAUGCAAUUUAAUUGUAGAAAGCGAAGGCAGACAAUUUGAGUUACGAAGAAUAAAUUAAUCACUACAUUAAUCUCAAAGCUGAAUAUGAGGACAUGUCUUAGAUGGUUUAGAAAAUUCAGAAGAAAAAUCAAGAAGAAAAAGAUUUGCAGUUAUAAAAGUAUGAGCAGCUUUAAAAAGAUUUAAGCAGUUCAAAUGCAGAGGUUUCAUAGCUUAAAGACAUAAUAGCUUCACUAGAAGCAUAGAAAAUUUCACUAAGAUAGUAGAAUUAGCAAUACUAAUAAUAAUAUUAACAAUAAUAACAGUAGUAAUAGUAAUAAAAUAUUCCUUACAAUAGAUCUCAACCUAUCAUCAACCAACCAUUUCCAAUUAUCUAAAAUUCUCAAAGCAAUACCCCUGAAAUUGGAAAAUAAAAUCAGUCACAAAAUCAAAUUUAACUCUAACAUAUAUAACAAUAGAUAGAGUAACAGCAAUAAAUUGAACUAAGACAAGAGUUAGAAAAUUAAAGAAUCAAAGUGAGAAAUUUGGAAUAGGAAAAGGAAAAUCUUAAACUUCAAAUGUCUUAAGAUCAAUAAAAAUAAAUAGAAAAGAAGAGAGAUAAGUACGAACUUGAUGUUAGAUUGAAGACUGCUGAAAAAGAAGCUCAGAAAAGUAGAGAAGAGAGGAUAAAUCUUGAAAACCAGAUAAGAGAAAUGAAAAAGAGUUAAAAUGAGUUGCUUUCUAAGAUAAAAGAAAGCUAAGAAUUCGUUGAUGUUUGUACCACGUUUUUGCAAAAGAAUGGGCUGCUAGCUUCAAGUUUUAUAUCUGAUGAUCCAUUUUGA